UGCAAGAAGGAAAAGGUGUAGCACGAACGAACGAGGCGCGCUUCAAUUGGUUGCCACGCCCCAAAACCCUCACAUCCUUAAACCCUCUUCACUUCUGUUCUGUUGGACAGCAUGUUGAUAGAAGUCCGAGAAGUAACGGAUAGAUUCACCGGACGAAGCCAUUGACACUUUCUCCGAGAAAUGCGUCUUCUCUAUCAACACAGGCUCCUUCUUAGACUUCCUCUCUUGUCCUCAAAUAUCCGCCUCAUGAGCACCAGAAGCUUGCUGCAUUUCCCAGCUUUUCCAAAGCGGACGACUUUUUCAUCUCAGAGGGACCUUCUUCACUCCCAGAGGCUCCUGUUUUGCCUAAAACCUAGUUCGAGUAUUCGUCCGUUAUCACUCAGGACUAAUGGUUAUUCUUAUGUUUCUGGCUCUGAAGUCCGUAGGCCAGAUUUUCUGGAGGAGAACCCAGAGGAGGAAAUGUCGAGGACGCAUUUCGAGAUUUUGAAAAUGAAGUUGCAGGAGCUUGGGAUAGAUGCUGAUUUAUGCGGACCGGGGCAAUACAACCGCUUGCUUUGUCCAAAUUGCCAAGGUGGUGAUUCAGAAGAAAUGAGCUUAUCUCUUUUUAUCACACAAGACGGAGGGGCUGCUUUAUGGAUGUGUUUCCGAGCAAAAUGUGGUUGGAAGGGCAGCACAAAGGCAGUUGCUGGUGGCCAGUCAUUGAAGCACAUGCCCAAAACUAAGAAGAAGAGAGAACUUUCUGAGUCAGAAUUGAUGCUAGAACCCCUUUGUGAUGAGCUGAUUGCUUAUUUCGCAGAACGUUUGAUUUCAAAGGAGACUCUACUGAGAAAUGGUGUUAAGCAGAGAAUGUAUACAGAUCAGAUUGUUAUUGCGUUUCCAUAUUAUCGUCGAGGAGAUCUUGUGAGUUGCAAGUAUCGGGACAUCAACAAGAAAUUUUGGCAGGAAGCAGACACUGAAAAGAUAUUUUACGGAUUGGAUGAUAUUGAGGGGCAAAGCGAUAUCAUCAUUGUUGAAGGUGAAAUGGACAAACUUGCAAUGGAAGAAGCUGGCUUUCGCAAUUGUGUGAGUGUUCCUGAUGGUGCACCUGCAAUGGUCUCCUCAAAGGAGUUGCCACCUGAGGAGAAGGACAUUAAGUAUCAGUAUCUGUGGAACUGCAAAGAUUAUAUUAAGGGGGCAUCGCGCAUUAUACUUGCAACUGAUGGAGAUCUACCUGGUCAAGCCUUAGCUGAGGAACUUGCUCGUCGCAUUGGGAAAGAAAGAUGCUGGCGGGUCAAGUGGCCAAAGAAAUCGGGGUUGGUCCAUUUCAAAGAUGCAAAUGAGGUUCUCAUGUAUUUAGGUGCUGAUGCACUGAGGGAAACAAUUGAGAAUGCAGAAUUAUAUCCCAUACGUGGAUUGUUUAAUUUCAGGGACUUCUUUGAUGAGAUCGAUGCAUAUUAUCAUCGAACCUUAGGUUACGAGUUUGGUAUCUCAACAGGGUGGAGAAAUCUUGAUGAUUUGUACAAUGUCGUGCCAGGGGAGUUAACUAUAGUAACCGGGGUUCCCAAUUCAGGGAAGAGUGAGUGGAUUGAUGCUCUUCUAUGUAAUGUCAAUCGGAUUGCUGGUUGGAAAUUUGCACUUUGCUCUAUGGAAAACAGGGUCAGGGAGCAUGCACGGAAACUUUUAGAAAAGCACUUGAAGAAACCUUUCUUUGAUGUGCGUUAUGGCGACUCUGUUGAACGUAUGAGUGUGGAGGAGUUAGAACAGGGGAAGAGCUGGUUAAGUGAUACUUUUCAACUCAUAAGGUGUGAAGAUGAUGCCCUUCCAAGUAUAACUUGGGUCCUUGACCUUGCAAAAAUAGCUGUGCUAAGGCAUGGGGUUCGUGGACUUGUAAUCGAUCCUUAUAAUGAGCUUGACCAUCAGCGCCCUUCAAGCAUGACUGAAACUGAAUAUGUUAGUCAGAUGCUUACCAAAAUCAAACGGUUUGCCCAGCAUCACGGAUGCCAUGUUUGGUUUGUUGCACAUCCUAGACAGUUACAAAAUUGGGUUGGGGGACCUCCUAAUCUCUAUGAUAUAAGUGGAAGUGCACACUUUAUAAACAAGUGCGACAAUGGAAUUGUUAUUCAUCGAAAUCGAGAUCCUGAAGCUGGGCCUAUGGAUCAAGUACAGGUUUGUGUUCGUAAGGUACGGAAUAAGGUUGCAGGGACAAUAGGUGAUGCCACUUUGUUGUAUAAUAGGGUAACUGGUGAGUUCACCUCUGUUGAUGAAGGGAGCAAGCUUCCUCUUGGUAGCCAAAAAAGAAAGCAUUCUCCGAAGAGAUAGCAGGGAGCCAUAUAUAUAUAUAUAUAUAUAUUGGGUAAACGUGUUCAAUAGACGGCAUGACAUUAGCAUAUGCUUGGUUCCUUUCUGGGGAUGCUUGGAUCUGAUUGGAAAUGGUGCAUCAAAUUUGACGGUAUUAUUCUUCAUUGAUGCAGUGUCAUGUGAAAAAUCUUGCUCACUUCAUUUUUCAAACCACAACCCUAUUGGAGAUAUAAAUCUAAUCCUCUGUGUAUAUAUUUUGUAUUGUCUUGUAAUGGCCCCUUCAUUCCAAUUUUGACGUCAUUUUAUAUCUGAAA